CUUACUUUUUUGGUAUUUUUUAGACCCACUCUGGACGAGAUGCACAUUGAGCAAAAGACAAACAAAGCGAAAAAGGCAGAGAAAAAACAACGGCGCAGCUUGGCAAUAAUAAAAGCCGACUGUAAUGUCUCACAAAGUGACUCGCCAACGCUCUACCUGGCCAUACUCAACGUGGGACUUAGCAAUGGACUCACCGAAGAAGCGCUGCUAGCCGCAGCAGCUGCAACAGGCGGUCAGGUGUCUCAGGUGCUCAUGUUGCCUUCGAAAUCAUAUUGUUUUCUUAUGUGUACAACAUUGGCGGACUCGCAGCUUGUUUACGAUGGCAUGCAUAAUCGGGCAACCAUUGGUCAGAAAGGUGCCGUUGCCUACCUCAGCUAUUUGUUAGAAUUGCCACAGCAAAGAGAGGAAAACGGUUGGCAAAAGUCACUGCCCGACGGACUUGUGCUACUCCAGAACUUCGUCAGCGAAGCAGAGGAGGCAACGCUGCUGCAGGCAGUUGCUGCUGGUGCUGCCAGCAUAGCAGACAGUCUAAAGCACAGGCAAGUCAAGCAUUUUGGCUAUGAGUUUCUCUACGGCAGCAACAAUGUGAAUCCGUUGCAACCCCUCGAGCAGGGUAUUCCAGAUGCUUGUGAUUUUUUGUGGCAACGUUUAGAGUUGCCAACAUUUGAGCCGCCCGAUCAACUGACUGUUAAUGAGUAUGAACCAGGGCAAGGUAUACCGCCGCAUGUGGACACACAUAGCGCCUUCAAGGAUCCCAUACUGUCGUUAUCCCUGCAAUCUGAUGUUGUCAUGGACUUUCGUCGCGGAGCGCAGCUGGUUCAUGUGCUGUUGCCACGUCGUUCGCUUCUUGUCAUGUCGGGGGAAUCGCGGUACGAUUGGACUCAUGGCAUCAGACCAAAGCAUAUUGAUGUGCUGGCCACUCCAUCGGGCAGUCUGACAACGCAGGUGCGUAGUAAGAGAACCUCUCUUACUUUCAGGCGUCUGCGUCGUGGUCCUUGUGAUUGCCAAUUUCCCACGCUAUGUGAUACGCAGCAGACAACAACUCCCCAAGAGGUGUGUGAAAAGCUAGCAACCCAUGCCAGCCACCUGGAGCAACAGAAUGUGCAUGAAGUCUAUGACAAGAUUGCCAAUCAUUUUAGCGAUACGCGUCAUACACCCUGGCCACAAGUAGCUGAGUUUCUAAACUCCUUUCAGCCACAAUCAGUGCUGCUGGACGUGGGCUGUGGCAAUGGCAAGUAUUUGGGCUGUAAUCCUCAAUUACUGUCAAUAGGCUGUGAUCGUUCGCUGGGUUUGCUUGGCGUGGGAAACGCGCGUGGUCAGAACGUCUUUCGUUGCGAUUGUUUGCAACUGCCGGUUCGGAGCUCCAGCAUCGAUGGAUGCAUUAGCAUUGCGGUCAUUCAUCAUCUGGCUAGUAGUGAACGGCGGCUAACAGCACUACGUGAACUUACACGCGUGCUGCGUCCAGGUGGACGUGCUCUCGUCUACGUGUGGGCCAAGGAUCAGCGGAAGAAUGACAAGAAGUCAACGUAUUUAAAACAAAAUACAGCCGUCAAUAAGGAGCGCACCACGGAGCAGGCGCAGCGUCAGAAACUUGCACAACAACUGGAAGGCAUGGAUCAGCAGUUGCCAGUUUCUUUGCCAGUGCAUACGAAUCGAACGGAGUUCCAGCAGCAAGAUGUCUAUGUGCCAUGGAAAACCAAAGAUGAACAGCGCACAACUUUUCUACGCUACUAUCAUGUCUUCGAGGAGCAGGAAUUAGAAAAGUUGGUACAACAAAUGGAAGACGUUGUAAUAAGGAAAAGUUAUUAUGAUCAGGGCAAUCAUUGUGUCAUCUUCGAGAAGAGCAAAAAUUGAACUACGAUAGAUAAGAUUAAAGAAGACUUAGCAUUUGUAAACCUUUUCGAAAAACUAUCAUAUAAAUGCUGUACAUUUUCUUACAAAACCUGUUGAG